UAUAAUUAAGCCUCAGAUGUGCAUUUCGUUAAUAACCAAUAAAAAUGUUUGGAACAUUAUCAGAAGAGACACAAGUGAAGGUGCCUGCUACCAAAGCUUGGGCUCUAUAUGGCACCCUCGAGCUUGGAAAGGUCGCCUCUGGAACAAUCCUCGAGUCCGUGGAUCUCGUUGAAGGCGACGGUGCCGUUGGUACCAUCCUUAAGCUCACCUUAAAGCCGGGUUUAGGCUUGACGUAUUACAAAGAAAAGUUUACAAAAAUCGAUCACGAGAAUAAGAUCAAGGAAACUGAAGUGGUGGAAGGGGGGUUUCUUGAUCUAGGAUUUAACCUAUAUAGGUUCAGGAUUGAAAUCAAAGAGAUUCCGAAUGAUGACACGUCGUGUAGAGUGAUAUGUACGAUCGAAUUUGAGGUUAAGGAAGAGUUUGCUGCUAAUGCUUCUUUUGUGACCGCCGAGCCUAUGAUUGCCCUUAUGAGCGUCGCAAAUGAGCAUCUUUUGCAAUCUAAUUAGCGCGCUCAAACAACGUUUGUGAUUCUUUCUUAAUGGUGUUAAUGUAAUGUUAAAAUAAUAUAAAUGUUGUUUUCUCUGGUCAAUGUUAUCAUAAGGGUAAUUAGACGAGAUUCUGAGGUUAA